UUCUUUCAACUUGCCCAAAAGAGUGGCUAAGCAAGUGCACACCAGUUGCGCUUCGCUUCCCAACGACUAGCGGGGGCUUUUCAUUGUUAUGAGAAACCCUCUUGAUAACUUGACGAUCCUUUUCCCUCUCCUUCCUACCGCCUCUCUCUUCCCUGCCAACGGCCACUUCGCCCUUUGCAUAGCAGACCUCACGAGAUAAGACCCCUCAGUCGCCAUGGCUGGCCCCGCCUCCCCAGGCACCGAAGGCCCCACGUUCGAACCGCCGCAACUGCCACCUGGAUGGAUUGCACAAUGGGAUGGUUCAAGCAAGAAGUACUACUUUGUUUCCAUUUCGACUGGCGUCUCGCAAUGGGACACCCCUAGAGAGGCCGCCGCCACAGGCACCCCUGCGCAGCCCCAAGAGCACCCGUACGGCGUCCCCAGACCAGAGAUCAUCACGCACCCCGACGGAACACAGACUGUGCGGCAUGCAGAUGGUCGCAUGGAGCCAGUCCUGCCUCCCGGCGAUGGUACCAGGGGUGUCGGCGGAGGGACUGGCGAUAGAUCCAUCGGCAGUUUUGCGACAAACAUGCUCAUGAACCAGAUUUCCGGCGGAAAACAAUCGCACAACAGCGGUAACAGUUCAAGUCCGCUCAGCGGCAUUGCUGGCCAGUUGAUGGGAGGUCUCACGGGAAGCAGCAGCCACGGCAGUUCGCAGGGUAAUUCCCACGGCAGCAGCUCGAACAACGGCGCCGGUAAACUAGUUGGCGCGUUGGCUUCCAGCCUGUUCUCCAGCGGUGGUAAGACCGAGCACCAGCAGCCUCAGAACUACCACGGCGGCCAGACCUCCACACCACAGCAAUCCGGUGGGUUUGCUGGAUCUGUAAUGGGAGGUGUCGCCAACAUGUUUGGUGGAAGUCCCGGUCAAUCGUCCCAAAACUAUGGCUACUCAAAUGCCGGCCAGUCAGGAGGAUAUAGUGGCCAGGCUCCUCCAGCGUCAUACCAGCCUAGUGGCCAAUCCACGACUGCUUACAGCUCGCCUCCUCCAGCCGGUCAACACGCCCAACACAGCGCACCUUCAUACGGCGCGCCGGCACAGCAGCAUGGCACGCCAUCUUAUGCACCGCCCACGUCCCAGCAUGGCGCUUCGUACAGCAGCCCCCCUCCAGGUCAGCAACAUCAGACUUAUGGCCAGCACAGUCCUGCGCCGCAGGGCCAGCAUUAUUGUAAGUAAACCUCACGGAUACCGAAUGUCACUUGGACUAACGUUGAGAAGCCCAACAAUCUUCAUAUGGAUCUUCAGGUGCGCCCCAGCACCAGCCUGCCUAUGGUGGACAACAUCAACAAUACCCGCAGUCGCAACCUAGCUACAACCAACACUAUGGACAGGGGCCAUCCACUGGUCAGCCACCGUACUCCAGCCAGCCUCCAUAUGGCCAUCAGCCUGCCCCGGCUGUACCAUCGAAUAGCCACCCGCAAUAUGGCCAACAGAGCGGUCACCAGGGAGGUUACCCUGGCCAUCAGUGGUAGCACUUUAGAGACUAG